UAGAAAUAUUGAAUGAUUCCAAAUAAUGCCCACUGACUUGACAGUAGAAGAAGCAAAAGUGCUUUGCAACAGAAGGAGCUGCUGAUCUAGUGAUCUACUGAGGGAUGUCUGGAGACAGUGAAGAGAAGACCUUCUCUUGGGAAGAGGUGAAUAAGCACAACAACUCAGAGUCGCUGUGGCUGGUGGUCCAUGACAUAGUCUAUGAUGUCACAAAGUUCAUGGAAGAGCAUCCUGGAGGGGAAGAGGUGUUACUAGAGCAAGCUGGGAAGGACUCUACCGGGUCAUUUGAGGAUGUCGGGCAUUCACCUGACGCUCGUGAGAUGGCUGAGAGCUAUCGUAUAGGAACAGUGAGUCAGCCAGCAUCAUCCAAAGUCCCGACCAAGCUGACCCCAGACACACAGGGAGGAGAGGGAGGGUCGUGGUUCUGGCCUGCCUUCAUUCUCAUACUACUAGUAGUAGUGGCUUCCUAUUUUUACAGAAACUAUGUCAAUUAGAUUCUUGAUUAAUAUUUAUUGUGUGAUGUGAUAAUGAUUUCCUUUUGUGGUACAUGGUUGAAUUUGUCUUCCUGA